UGAAGUAUAUACAAAUCAAAUAACGGCAUAUGAAUCAGGAUAGUUUCUGGGGGGGAAUCUAAAUUCAAUGUAGAAAAAAAAAUAGGGAAGUCAUCAUUGGACCGAAGUCUAAAAACAAAAGUAUCAGUUAACCUAUGGGCGGCGUGGCGGACAGCAGAUUGCAAUUGUUCUCAAGUUGUAAACAAUUCUGGGGUAAACAGAAGGGCAGUUGUACAAUACUGAAUGAAUCAGUUUUUAAUGCCGAGGUGGAAGAACUAUCUCACAGUUUGCUUAAUUUUGCACGGUGACCGGGGAAAGAGUUCAGCGUGCUAUUAUUGCUAUGUGUUUGUGCGUUGUAAAAUUCCUGCUGGAGGUGUGUAGGUUUGAACUGUGAUUUUCCCGCGGAAAUGAGGCGAAUGUGAUCCGAUACAAAAGUUGUAGAAGGACGUUAUAUUGAAGUGGCAAUGGGGAGGAAGAGGAAGGCGAAAAGGCUUGAGGACAAUCAAGGAAUUCACCCUGUCACCGCUGAUUUAAACCAUGAAAUGAAAUCUGUCAAGAAUGUGCAGAGCUGUGGCAAUAACAUACACAGACCUGGCACGAGUGUACAUAGCCCUGCCACGAAUGUUUCCUUCCAGCAACCGAUCGCGCCGGCAAAUCCGAAGAAGAAAAAGAAGCCAAAGCAGAAAACGCAAGUCACCGGGAAGAAUAUUCAGCAGCUGGCAACACAGUCUGCUCACACACCGAUGUUCCAGUCAUUGGUGCCAUAUCCUCCUUCGUCAGUAUUUGCGCCUUUCACAUCUGGAGGAGCAGGUAUAGCUGGAAAUUACAUGGAAGUGCCUAUGGGGAAGAAAAAGAAGAAGAAACCAAAGAGACUUAAGGGAAUUCACCCUGUCACCGCUAACUUCAACCAUGUAAUGAAAUCUGGGAAGAACGGACCAAGCUCUGGUACGAAUGUGUGUGCCCAGCGACCAAUAGUGCAGCAAAAUCCAAAUAAGAAUCAGCAGGUAAAGCCAACGAACAACACUCAGCCCACUGGGAAGAAUAUUCGGCAGCUGGCAUUGAAGUCAGCUCACACACCAGUGCUUCAGUCUAAGGAAAAAGCACAGCCCCCUGGGAAGAAUUUUCCACAGUUGGCAUCACAGUCACAUCACACACCUGUAAUGCAGUCUUCAGUGUCAUGCCAAAAUUCAUCAGCAACUGUGCCGAGCACAUCUGGAGCCGCAGGAAAUGCAGCAGCCCCGAAACAAGGGACAGAUGUGGACCUUACAGAUGAUGUGAUAGUGGUGGAAUAUACAAAAGAGGUGGUACUUGUGGACCUUACGAAUGAUGACACAGAGGAGGACAGUACAAAGGAAAGGACAGAGGUGGAUAGUACAAAUGAAAGGAGUGAGGUGGGCAGUAUGAAUGAAAGGACAGAGGUGGUCAAUUCAAAUGAAAGGACAGAGGUGGACAGUAGGAAUGAAAGGACAGAGGUGGACAGUAGGAAUGAAAGGACAGAGGUGGACAGUAGGAAUGAAAGGACAGAGGUGGACAGUAGGAAUGAAGUGAUAGAGGUGGACAGUAUGAAUGCUGCCUGCUUACUCACUGCAAGACCCAGUAUUCUGUCAGAUACCAAACCCGACACCUGGCAUAAAGUUACCGUGAAAGAAACUGUGGAUGACAGAAUAGCUGUUCUUAAUGCCAUCAACCGGCACAUUUCUCCGCUGAGGCUUAUUCCAUAUUUUUUUCACAUGGAAGAUGGACAUACAACAUUCCUAGUGAAUAACUGCAGUACUUCCCUCAUUGCAUUGUUCAAAAAGAACCUUAAAGUGCCAUACAUGUCUACUGAGAUUGAAUUGAAAGUCCAGCUUCAUGCCAAGAAAAUGAACCUCUCUGCAAUUUUGCAGAGAAUUAUUAGUAAAAGGCUCAGUUCUGAGAAAACAGUUUUAGACCUCUCAUACCUGGCUAGCAUACCUGAAUUUCAGCAAGUGAUGUACGACCCAUCAGAUACCUCUCAUUUACAGCAGCAGUUGCUGAAAAUGGCACAGGAAAUGGCCCCGAACCUCGUCAGCCUCAGUCUGGCAGGAAACGAGCUGUUGUCGCUGAAGCAUCUCGCCGGUCUCUUUGUUAAAAAUAGCAAAUGGAAGUCAAUAAAAGUAAUUGAUGUGACUGACAACAAGUUUAAGACAUUUUCUGAACUGGUGAUCUUCAAGUCUUUACCUGUCACGGAAUUGUACUUGCAUAAAAAUCCUUUCUGUGGGAAUUAUAGAGAAGAACAGACUUACACAAGCGUUGUCAGAGCGAACUUCCCCCAUCUCAUUAAAUUGUACCUGCUACAUGGGGCCCCCAACACAAUAUGGAUUCCCGAGGUGGACCUCAGAGAUGGGACUUACGUCCAGAGUGUGUUGCACUUGCCACAGUGGCGGCCGAAUUACAUUUUGUGGAGCAGCCACGGUAACUCAGCUGAGCUGGCUGACCAGUUUAUUGAGCACUUUUUCACACUGUACGAUAGUGAAGAUCGGACUUGGCUUUGGGAUCUGUACCAUGAGGAUGCCUACUUCUCUCUCUCUAGCACGUAUCUUCCUGGACAGAGCACGGCAACCAGUGCGAGGCUGAGCUCCUACCUAACAGAGUGCCGUAAUCUCUUACACAAAUCUAAUAAACAGAAACUUCAGGCCGCACUGUGCCAUGGCACGGAGAGCGUUCUCGCAAAACUUGAGAAGCUGCCACGGACUCAACACGACCCGUACUCCUUCAGUGUGGAUCUCCUACAUCAUUCUGACACAAGUGCUAUAUUGACUGUUACAGGUGUCUUCAGAGAGCAAAACCGAAUACAAGACAUAUCACCUCGACAUUUUAUGCGCACCUUUGUCCUCGUCAGUUUAGCAAAUAACGAAUACCAGAUAAUUAAUGACAUCAUGUAUGUAACAAAUGCGGCAACCGCAGAGGCAGAGGAUGCAUUUAGGUACAUGAAGCCAUGUACAAACCAAAAGAAAAUUACACCACUGAAACGAAUAACGCAAGUGACGGAGUGUGAGAAAAAUUCCAUGAUACAAGAGUAUUCACAAAUUACUAACAUGACAAUUCCUUGGUCACGCACGUGCCUGAAUUUGGCGGGCUGGAACCUAAAAGAAGCCCUUGAGAAAUUUAUGGAACUGUACAAAAUGGGCAAAAUUCCAGCAAAAAGAUUCAAUAAAUCAAAAACAGCAGCAAAAUUUUAAAAGCGAGAAAUCUUUUGACCCUCAUCAAGUAAAUGUGUCUGUAUAGUGUCUGAAGUAGCUACUGAGUAACAUUGCAUCCUUUGUGAAACUGCACCAGCACUAUUGCAGAAAAAGCUGAUGCAAGUUAGUUUUGUGAGUGGUCAGCGAAGGUGCAUCAGCAGCAAAAAGUGUACUGAGAGCAGUCAAAAAAUCAAGUUAAGAAAACUCUUAAAUUAUGAGACGGAGUUGCUUGGCAGUGCUGAGGUUGUGAAAUAUUUAAUAUUGCUGACACGCGCACGCGCACACACACACACACACACACACACACACACACACACACACACACACACAAAUAAAAGUUUGUGGCACUGUACACGCUUUUGGAAUUAAUGGGGAAUUAUUAGUUCCUUGGGAACUCAAGACAGCUAGGUGGGGGAAAAUUACAAAAAAGACCAGCUCACUCAAGACACCCAGGUGAGAUGCAUGACCAGGAACGGGGAUGUAUCUUCAGUGUUCAACUGAGACACUCUUUAUCUAGGUAAGGAAUGUUGUGGCAGAAUGUAAAUAAUUUAGGAGCAAAGGAUACAACUCACCAAGUAGUAGAAGUGUUGAGUCAUUAGGCACACGAGAGAGAAUGAAAACUUUGCUAGCUAUUGAAACAUCCUUUAAUGAGCUGGAUCAGGGAGUUGUAAUGGGUAGGGUGGGUGGAGGGAGAAGGGACUGGAAAGUGGGAGGAGGCGUCGCGAAAGGUUGCCUGACAGCUCAGAGGUAGGCAGCGCCUGUGUAGGAUAAGAGUGAGAAACACUGGCAGUGAUACCAGUGACUUGGAGGAGUAGAUUAGAAGGGGUGACAGGGCGGAGGAAGGGGAAACUGUCGGGUAGAGGAUGUGGGUGCAGUGAAAUAGCGGAGAUUAUGGAAUUACGGGGACAGAGGAUGUGUCGCAAAGAUAACUUCCAUCUGUGUAGUUCAGAAGCAAGAGCAGAGUUGACCACCCAGCAGUGGAAAACUAUGCUGACCACAACACACUUUAGUUCAAUCGCUGCUUCACAACCAUCGCUUCCUCCUGGCACCAGUUUUUUUGAACUACAAAUAUGGAAGUUAUCUUUGCAACACAUCCUUCAUUCCAUAAUCCCCCUGGCCUCAAUCUCCCCUAUCUCAAUGCUCACACUGCCUCUACCCAACAAGCUCUGUCCUAUCAACCCUCCCAAUCCUCUCCUCCACAUCAUCGGCAUCAUCCACCCCACCAACUCACUCGCUUCCAGCGUCCGUGUGUCUCAUUCCCAUCUCCACCCUUGCGUCAGCCAUCCUUCCCCAACCCUCCUCGCACUUUCCAUCCCUUUCGUCCGUCUGCCUGUUCCACUCAACACAACGCUUCACUCUAGUCUACCUGCCAAUCUGCAGCCCAAUACUGUGAUUUCAGUCAACUGGCACAAUAUGUGAGGGAAGGGAGGAGGGGAGGGUUGUCCGAAAGCUAGUAGUGUUUUCAUUCUUUUUUGUGUGCCUGUCAAUGACUCAAUGCCUGUGUGAUUCAGUGAGUUGUCUCCUUUCCUCCUAAAUUAUUUACAUCUCUCUUCAACUAACUUUGACCAGUGUGCCUUGCUAAUGCCAGUGGACAUCCAACUUUCAGUAACUCCAUGGUGGACGUAGCUCUGAUAACAGACUUUCCCUCACAGCAGAUAAAAUCAGUAGAGCCGUUAAGCUCACAAUUUACACUAAAUUGCAGUAAGACAACACAAGUCUUAAGACAACUCAAGUUUAUUAACCAAAUACUGGUGUCAUCUGACGUCGCUUUGGCUUUGUAACUUACAGAACUAAAGUAUCAUUGAUUGUUCUACAAUAUUAAUUUGUUACAUAGACUAUUCAUAUCAUUAAAUUGUAUUUUAUAAAUAUGAAGUCCACAGUAGGAGGCCUUCCAGUCGUGUUUCUGCGGUGUCCCGGAACCGGGCAGCUACAAGAUGCGUAUGCCUGUCUGUCGUUUGUAACUCGGCCAUAUGCUGUCGUUUCUCAGACACCUGGGGAUCUCUGAAACAUCACCCAAACAAACUACUAACAGUAGCUGUUCCUGCAUAAAAUUAUUCAACAGUUAAUUACUCAGAACAGUUCUGAAGUUAACUUACUGCAAAUCGACCUCUGUUGUAUAUUAUUUCUGUGUCGUGUGUCAUGCAAUUUGCAACCUAAUUUACACACAAUUGUUUCAUGACUCCCUCUCAUCCUGCAGCGUGAUUUGUUCUCCCUUUCUGAUCUCCCACAACUUAUUUCUCUCUCCUGCCCCAAGGUAGUAUCUAAUACUUCUGAAAGCUAGCAUAGUGCUGUGGACAUUUUCUUUUAUACAUGUGUAUCAACAACACUGAAUAUUUCACAUCCUGAAAGUAAAUACCAGCUAGCAUUUGUGUCUGAUACUUUAAUGUAAUGUUCAUUGUAUUGUAUGUAAAUAAACGGUUUCUUAUGUGAAAUCAGGCUGAAAACAAAAUCUUGAAUCAGCUAUAUUUAUUUUGUCUGUGUACAUACAAUGCAUGGCUCCCAGGAGUCUCUGUGAUAUGGAAGACAAUAAAAUCUGAAAUGUUAUGUUGCUAA